AUGGCAGGCAGGACCAGAAUUCAAUGGCGAUCACCAACCUUCGUUGUACUUCGAACAUUACAGGUCCUUCUCGCAAUUGCCAUCCUCGCCAUAGUGGUUCCAAAACCUGGCCCCAACUAUGGCUACCCUCUUCAAAAACGAAGUUUACUUUUUGAGCCGAGGCGUGGAGGAGGAUCCCAUUCAUCAUCCUCAAAUGGUGGCGGGGGGGAUGAUGGCGAGGCUGGACAAACCUAUGCACGAUAUGUCACCCCCUUUCUCGGCAUGUCUGCUGCCGCAUUGACCAUGAUAUGGUGCGUUUAUGCAUUAUGGGAAUACCUACGCCACACUCUUCGACCCAAGAUAUCCAUGGGAUGGGAUAUCGUAUUCAUGGUACUAUGGCUCGCAUUAGUGGUCUGCUGCGCUGUCGGUAUGGUAGAAGCCGAUGCCUGGGCCCAUAAAAUGCAUUACAAUCCAGCCCAGUACACGGUAUUCAUCAUAUCGUCUGUCACUUUCUUUAUCUUCAUGUCAUCCUACCUCAUCGGGAGAAUAGCCCACCGUGAACAUGGGCCCGGGAAAGCUGUCCUGGCUGAUAACGAGUUUGAGUUUUUGAAUGCAAAGACCACUAUACAAUCAUUACCGCCACAGCCACACUCGCCAUUAGUUUAUAGUGCGGGAGAGGAACGUUUUGUACAGGUACUUCCCUCGCCACAGCCGGUAUAUUCGGGGACCCAACUGCCAUAUGCGGGAUCGCACUACAAACCACCACAUUAUCCUUAG